GUUCUCGUAAUAAAGGAAAGAAAGCGGGGGAUUUGUUCAACCGUGCGUUCUAUAAUUCCUGGUCCCUCUCCCCCAGGAACUCGACAGCCAGUUGGCUUAACAGCCUCAGCAGACAGCUCUCCUUCUCUUGCUCUCUCUCAUAUGUUAGUUGCUCUUCUUGGCAGCUAGAUCUUGCCAUCUUGGUCUCUCUGUUUUAAGAGAAAGCCCGCAGAAGGCAAAGGAGGAGCGAAGAUGAGUUACUGGAAGGAAAAGGUUCUGCCCAAGAUCAAAAAGUACUUCGACAAGCCCAGCAAGAAGAAAGCAGCUGCUGAAUCUACCAAAUCUUUCGAUGAAUCCAAGGCCAAAAUCAACAAGGAGUUUGAAGAAAAGAAAGGGGAGCUGCACCCGAAGGUUAUCGAGAUAUAUGAGGCUUCAUCUGCUGAGAUCAAGGUAAUUGUUAAGGAGCGUAAGGCCUCCGGCUUAAAGAAGCACUCCGCAGCUGUCCAAAAGUUCCUCGACGAGUUGGCGAAAAUCGAGUUCCCCGGAUCCAAGCACGCAUGUGAAGCAUCUAGCAAGUACGGGCCUGCUCUGGUCUCAACCACCGUCUUCUUCAUCUUCGAGAAGGUCUCUACCUUCAUACCGGUGGAGGAGAAGCCGGCGGAGGCCCCGGUGGCGGAGCCAACUCCAGCACCAGCGGCAGAAGAGCCAGAGAAGUCGGCCACAAAAGAGGAUGAAGCAGCUCCACCUCCGCCGCCGGAGGAGUGCAAGGAGGUAGAGGCCGUGGUUGAGAAGAAGGAGGAGCCGGCACCGGAGCCUUCUCCGGCUGCAGAGAAAACCGACGAGGCAGAGAAGAAAUGAAGGAUGCCACAGUGAAUUCGUGGCUUAAUUCAUUUCACCCCCAUGAAUUCUUCUUCUUCCUUCUUCCUUUCUCCAUAAUUGCAAAUACUGCUUGUCUGCUGCCUCGUCUCAUUCAUGUCUGUUUUGUUCAAUAAUCAUGCAAGUUGUUAUACUGUAAUUUAUCAUUCUUUCGUGGUUUUGUCCCUGCUGGUUCUUUUCCUCUCUGUGGGGGAGGGGAGGCCCCUGUAUCCACUUGUGUACUUGAUUGGGAUUUGGAACUUGAAUUGGAAAAUCAACUUUCAAGCUUUGA